AUGUUCUCUUUCAACAAUUAUUCUGACAAAUCCAGCAUUCCUCUGAAAGCUAACAACCCUCACCUUCCCUUCCAUCUUGUUUUCUCAACCGAAACGUCCAGCAGAGCAGAGGGUUGGAAGUCUGCCUACACUUUUGCACGGGUUUCUGCAGUCCAAAUUCCCGAAGCAAUUGACGUUAUUCCCAUUUUGAAACCCUAAUCUCUUAUUCAGUUCUGAGACCGGUAGAAGUGAAGAAGCCAGGGCUCUUCUACGUGGACUAUGGGGCUGCAGUGGGCUCUGGCGGUGCACGGCGUCAUAACGUUGCUCGUUGUGGUUUCAUUUCUCUGCGGUCAUUGGCCCAUCUUCCAGGGCACAUUUGUCGAGCGAAUCCACUACUUCAUCACCUCCGGCGCCUACGAUUACUUUCUGAGAUUUGUUGCAAUCGUCUUUGGGUCCAAAGUGAGAAAUUCCUUUCUCAGAAUUGAGUAUUACUGCUGUGAUCGGCCAAAUCCAGUCUUACAGCUAUUGUACCUGGGCAUACUUGGGGGAACCUUUUAUAUCAUAGCAAAGUCAUCUUUCAGAUAUAUUCCUGGUGUCUAUGUGAAUGAACUGCACAAGUAUGCAAGCGUUUUGGCCGUUGGUGUGGGAGUAUUACUCUUUCUGUUGACUAGCUUUUCUGAUCCAGGAACCGUGAAUGCUAAGAAUGUUUCUCAAUACGUAUCUGCUUAUCCUUAUGACAACAUGCUCUAUGUCGAGAAGGAAUGCCCCACUUGCAAAAUUCCAAAGCCUGCUAGGUCCAAGCAUUGUGGCAUUUGUGAUAGAUGCGUUGCUCGGUUUGACCAUCAUUGUGGAUGGAUGAAUAAUUGCAUUGGAGAGAAAAAUGCUCGAUAUUUUAUGGCAUUUUUACUUUGGCAUGCACUUAUUAGUUUAUAUGGCGCUAUUGUCCUUUGCUUGAUUCUUGCUGGCCAAUUGAAAGAAAGGAAAAUCAUAUUAAUUUUAACAGUUUAUUAUGGCAUUGAUAAAUCAUUCUACAGUUUGUUUCCACAUGUCGUUCAGUGGCUAUUAAGUGCCCAUAACACACAGAUGCUUCUAAUUGUGUUCCUAACUGUGGUUUCCCUACUCCUGGCUGGUUUUUGUGUAUACCAUGCUCAACUUUGCCUCACAAACACGACGACAAAUGAGACAUUUAAGUGGCAAGAGUAUUUGGACUGGAGGAGGAAACUGAAUGAAGCCAAAGCAAGUGCUGCAGCAUUGAAGACCGCUCUACAUACUGUGAAUGGAGAAGUUAAGGCCCCUGAGAGCAAAUGCAGGCAAUUCUUUAAUAAAUCGCCCUUACAGAGUGAAAUCGCAGUUAAUAAGAAUAAUGUCUAUGACAAAGGAAUGCUUAGAAAUGCCCUUGAGAUCCUGGUUCCUAUAUCAGAGAGGCAGUCAUUUUUUCAUAGGAAAACCUUUUAGCAACUAAACCGAGCUCUACCUUCUGUUAUUUA